AAAUGUUGGUCCUUGAAUGUGACAGAUGAGAAAACAACAACUUUCGAUGUAUAAGUAGCGAAAAAAAUUAUUACAUUAUCACUCGCAUUUUUAUCUAUACAAUUUACGUAUUGAUUUCUUAUAAAUAUCACUAUAGCAUACAGGCAAGCUGUUAACUGCCUUGCAGGCAAGAAAUUUAUAUAUUUCCGUAGAAUUUUCUUUAGAUUUCUCCGUUACUUUUUUCUGCUCUGGUGCACGAACUUCAAAACUUUUCCGGAAUAUGCUGAAGUAUGGCAAUCAAAUGCGUAUAUCACCGCACGAAUUAUUGCAUACUUAAAUCGGAUAAUAUGCGUUUACUAGGAAAAAAAGAUGACCCCAUGUUUUCUCCCUCUUUUUAUAUCAAUGUUGUGAGAAACUAAACGUAUGCGAGCGAGGACAGUAUGCUCCAUGAUAAAAAUAUUUAAUGAGAUACUUCCAUUAGAUGAUCAUGGUAGGGAUCCAUUUGAUGAUCUCGGGGUAGAACCUCUCAGUCUUUAUGCAGUUAUUCUAGAAUACACACUGAGUUCUCAUCGGUAAACGCAACGAGUGGCGAAGGAAGAAAGAUAGAAAACAAUUCUGUUUCUUAUCUGAAAAAGCGUUUGCCUUGUUGCUUAUAAAUCGAUGCCUUCCCUCGCGUAAAAACCGGAGAGCAAAAAGAAAUAAGGGAUGACGCGUAAAAGCACAAUUAAUCGCACGUUAAAAUUAAUGCUCACUCUGUGCGGUAUAUGGCCAGGCACAUCGUGUGUUAUAAUCUGCAGGGCGUAUUGGAUUAUUGCAUUAGCAACAGAUGAAAUUUGCCACUACCGUUAUCUUUUAAUGCAUUUGCAUUCUAAUGAUCUUUUCGACUUGAUGGACUGUUUCAGUAGUUUUCUAACGCAAGUAAAAUUUUCAAUUAAGUUGAUCAUAUUUUGGUUGAAUGAACGAAAAUUCAUCGAGAUCUUGACGAUGAUGACAGAAGACUGGAACGAUUGCAAUGGAAGUGACGUCAACAUGCGUGAGACGUUAUGCAAAGCUAAAUUAGCAGCCCGUAUCACUAACGCAAUGUUCACUCUUCAUACGUUAACUAUUGUUGCAUAUAGUAUUGGCAUCUUCUUGGCCGACGUCGACGUCACCAAUCAAUCUGAACUACCUCUUCUCUUAAAAGUCGAGCUUCCUGUCAACAUAAACACUGAACGCACGUAUAGAACGUUGCUGACCAUGCAAUUUGUGCAUCUUAUCAUGUCCGGCUGUGGGACAGGUCUACUGAAUGCAUUGCUUUUAACUUUGACUCUACACGUAGGUGGUCAGAUGGAUAUCUUGCGCUGUUGGUUACAUGAGCUCGUACCGCGAGAGAAUAAAGGAACAGCCGAAUCUGUCGCCUUUACGACGAAUAAAAUUAUUCGCAAGCAUCAAAGAGUUAUUAACUUUUCGGAAUACAUUGAAGAUUUAUACACAUACAUCGCGUUAGUACAAUUCACAUCGAACACCGUGCUAAUUUGCUCUUUGGGAUUUCUUAUCGUAACGGCGAUUGGCAGUCCCCAUGCGACGGAGCACAUAAUACGAUCUCUUUUAUUUUACACUGUAACGAAUCUUGAAGCAUUUAUAUUUUGCUACGCAGGGGAAUACCUGAAAAACAAGAGUAAAGCUGUCGGGAUUGCGGCGUACAAUUCCGCCUGGUACGAAAUGAAACCUGAAAACAGUCGUAAUUUAAUAUUCGUGAUAUUAAGGGCGCAGAAGCAAUUGACACUUACAGUUGGAAAAAUAAUGGAUCUCUCCUUAGAAUCUUUUACAAGUAUUAUGAAAGCUUCGGGAUCAUAUUUAUCAGUAUUGCUGGCUAUGCAAUAAACACAUCGUAUAUUUGAAGCUUUUUAUAUGAUAGUCAUGAAGUAUAUAUCAUAUAAAUAUAUCUUCAGUAGUAACAGAAAAAUAUAAUAUAAGAUAUAUUUUUAUGGGUUAAAAUAGUAAUAAUUUAGAGAUAUUCUAAAACAGUAGUAAUUUAUAGAAGAAUACAAAAAGAUACAUUCUUGAUAUCGGAAUAUUUAAUAGAUCCCUAUUUCCCAGAAAUUGUAAGACGAGCAUGUUGCGUUAUUGUGUUACACUAUUAUUACAUCGAGAAUAUUUUUACUCAUCAAUACAAAUUAAAUUAACGAACAAAUACAAUCUAAU